AUGCAGCAUAGCGGCUUACAAAAGGUUGAUGCUGUCUAUGACCGCCUUGUCGUUGUAUUGAUUGAUGCACUGCGGGCUGAUAUGGUACUAGGAAGCGCUGCAAUGCGUGUAAAGGAAGAUAUUGAUCAGCAGCAAAAGAAGGAAGAAUUGAACAUCCAUAUGCCAUUUACUAGUGGACUCGUGACGUCUGGUAUAGCUCUUGGCUAUGUCGCCCAUGCCAGUGUACCAACCGUGACAAUGCCCCGUCUCAAGGCGCUUGUGACGGGUAAACCACCGGCAUUUAUUGAUAUAUUAAAAAACUUUAAUUCUGUAGCUUUGGUCAAUGAUGCAAACCUUGUGUCAUUGUUGGCAGCGAGUGGGAAGCGCAUUGUGUUUUAUGGCGAUGAUACGUGGCUCAAGCUGUUUCCGAAAACAUUUAAGCGGUCCGAUGGAACGUCAGGGUUUUAUACGAGAGAUACAGUGGAGGUGGAUUAUAAUGUGACAAGGCAUCUAAGUGACGAGCUAGAUCCAACCAUGCAAAAUGCAAAGAGUGGUGAUUGGGACACGUUGGUGCUGCAUUAUUUGGGAUUAGAUCAUGUUGGUCACUUGCGUGGACCAAGAUCGCUCUUAAUGCAGGAGAAAAUGCAAGAAAUGGAUCAUGUGGUGCAGCUCGUGGUAAACUCGGUACGUGAACAAGAUGUGCGGAGAAUGAAAAAUAACAACUUUGCCCGACCCUCGCUGAUUUUGCUAUGCAGCGAUCAUGGGAUGUCGGAACUCGGUAACCAUGGUGGCGCUACUUUAGAGGAGUCAUCUGCGCUGCUGAUGUUUAUUCGCGGUGACGGUAAGCGAAUGCGCUCUACGACGGAUCGCCCGUACAAGCAAAAACGCAGUCAGUUAGACCUAGUCCCAACGAUCGCAUCACUUUUCGGGCUACCUAUUCCGAUGUUUAGCACAGGCUUGCUCCUAGAUGAUGUCAUUCGUGCUUCAUCGGGUUCUACCGCACGCUAUAGUUCGUACUAUUUGCGUACGUUGUAUAUGAACUACGAGCAGCUAUAUGCUCUUGCCAAAUUGAAGGUCCAUGCCUCGACUCUAGCAAGUUUUGACCAGCAAUUUGAAGCGCCUCUGCGCAAGCUGCUCAAGAGUAUCCAACCGAAUGGAGAAGAUGUCAAUAUCGACCACGAUACUGCGGCAACUGUGCUUAGAGCCUGUGAGAUACUGCAAGUUAAGGUAGCGCAGAGUGAUGGGUCUGAGUACAAUGUGACGGUGAUAUUCUCUGGUCUAAUAGUUCUAUUCUUCAGCGGUACUGCUGCGGUGUCAGCACUUAUCGCGCGGCUCAAUGUGAAAGCAAAUAUCAAGAUCAAGCAAGAAGCACGCGUUAGUUUGCUGGCUGCUGUAAGUUUGGGCAGCAUUUUGCAGAUUGCCAGCUUGUCGUCGAGCUCAUCGAUUGAAAAUGAGCACGCGACUAUAUUUUUCAUGACGACCUCUUUACUCGUUGUUUUUGGGAUCAUUUUACUACAACGUGAAAACUCAACAAGUGAUUUAAGCAAUCCAUCUUGUCCGCGUGCUGGGCUAGUCUUGGUCGGAGUGUUGCUAGUUGUCACACGAAUGCUACGCGCACGUAACCAAGUCAUUAACUUUUGGCGAAUAAAUGGACUCCAAGUUGAUACAAACGCACCUGGAAACGAGUUUGCUGCAGACGACUCGGUGUCAAUCUUGUCCACAGCUCCCGUGUUACCAUUAAGCGUAUUGCCGUUGAGUGCCUGCGUUGCCUUCAUAUGCGGAGUUGUGCUUCGAAAAGCUGCACAGCACAUUAGAAGAUCUUUGCAAAAGGGAGCUCUCUUUGAGUUCUCUAUAGGUGCUUGUAGUGCACUACUAUUCAUAGCCGGCAUGUUGGCAUGCCUCAACGUCAAGAAACUUUCAAGUGAGACUGUCGCUGAUGAAGUCGGAUUCAAAGUGUGGACAUGGUGGUUUUCAUUGGAUACCGAUGCGAGCGCGCGCGUGGUGUAUGCAGCUGUUAUCCUAAUUACUUUGCUUGUGGUCUUUGCCGAACACGCUUUGCGUCUUACGUUGGUCGAAAUGAUCGUUUGGCUUCUUGUGAGCCUUCUCCAGCGUAACGCGAAUUUUCCGACGCUGUGCUUACUCUGCUUGCAAAUGGAAGUAGUAGCACACCUUCUUGAGUACAAACAGAGCUUUUCACUCCAGCAUAGUGGCGUAGUUAUCGCGGGAUUGGCGCUGUGGCUAUCACAAGCAGCUUUUUUUGCACUGGGCAAUUCGCACCUGGUGACGACUAUCGACAUUAGUCAAUCUUAUCAUGGUCUGGCAUCGUAUUCACAAAGUCUGGUCGGUGCACUGACCUUUGUCAGUGUAUUUUCCGGUCAGCUUGUAUGCUUUGUCAACCUUUUCCAAUGGUUGAACAUUGUUGCACCGAUCAAGACAUCAAGAAUGUUCACAAAGGUGUCAGAAGUCCAGAAUUUACCAAGCUCGAUCCAUACGAGGUGGACAGUAUGUCUUGCGAUGCUCACGUAUCAGACGCUUCGUUUUACCGUUUACACUGUUGUGGUCUACCUUAUGCGCUUCCACUUGUUUAUCUGGAGCGUCUUUGCCCCCAAGAUGCUCUAUGAGGUCGCACACGUUGGUGUCUCACUUGUCGUUGUGAUUCUACUAACCCCUCGUCAUUGA